GAGCCCAAGUCGACCUCGUAACAAACAUUUCAUUGUAAUUAUAACCACAGCAAUUUUGAAACGCAGCGCCCGAGUGCAGUGCCGAAAGCCAAGUCAUCUUAAAGUAGUCCCAAACAACUCGGCAACAAUCCAGGUCCACUUGCCGCGAACCCACUGCCAUCUCCUAUGACAGCAUUAUACAAGCCAUAUGUUCCCAGGACGACUGCUGCUGCCUCAACUCCAGUAACAGAAUUCGACAUCUUGAAGGCCUCCCACAAGUUCCUACGAGAUGACGAGGCCAGUACAUCAUGGAACGACCAGCUAGCGCAGAAAUACUACGACAGUCUCUACCGCGAAUUCGCGAUUUGCGAUCUCAAGCAUUACAAGUCAGGAAACUUCAGUCUCCGCUGGCGCACAGAAACAGAAGUUCUCUCUGGAACGGGCGAGACGACAUGCGCGAACGCUCGCUGUCCCGAACACACCGCAUCUUCGACUUCACUUAUGACUCUCGAGCUACCGUUUACAUAUGAAGAGCACGGUCAUAGGAAAGAAGCGCUCGUGAAAGUCGUUCUAUGUUCGAAAUGCGUGCGCAAGAUCAUGUGGAAGAGGAAACACGAGAAGGAAAGGGAAGGCGAGGGUGUGGAGGCUAAGACGGCCGAAAGUGAUGAAGUUAAGAUGCAUGAGGAUAGAAGAGCACCAAAGUCUGGAAGCCGUCCAAAGGACAACGAGCGUAAUGACAUCGGUGAUGAGCAGUAUCGCACCCGACGAAGACGAAGCUCACGUUCGCGGUCUCCGCGAGCUCACAAACGGAAUCGGGACGCCUCACCAACCCUAUCACAAACGAGGAACAGCGGUAGCUAACCCUAGUCUUACUUACUACAUACCAAGGUUUCAGAAGCCUAGUGCUUCUCAAGAUGUACAUAAGAUUGCGUUGUGUAGCAUGCAGGUGCACUCAAAUGUGUACGUCUUCACCCCUACUUGAGCUAGUUUGGCUGAUUCACUACGAAGUCUUCCUCGCAUACUUUUCUCAGGUCCAAUGGAACUUGAGCUGUCACGUUGUCCCCGGCGGGUGGACGUACUACCGGAACUUGUAGCCCGUUCAUCUUCCAGUAGAUCUCCUUGACGUGUCCAUUUCUAU